CUUUUAACUUAAAACUAAAUUUGACAUCAGUCUGUCCUUUUCAGUCUGUAUAGAGAAUGACAGAGAUACACUGUUGUCAAAUUUAAGUUUAGCUUUAGAGAAUCAUGCCAGAAUCGACACCAAUAUGAUAUUAUUUUUAAUUUAAUUAAAGACCUUAUAAUGCUGACCAUACAUGCUGCAGUAUUUCGGACAGUUACUUUCGAAAUCUUGUUGCCAUUAGAUUAACUGUAGUUUUGGAAAAUAAGAUAUAUAAAAUGUCGACCAUGACAGUAAUACUAUUAUGUUAAUUAAAAUAAAAUACUUUGUAUGCAUGCAGAGUAUGCUUGGCACAUCAUAGCCGUAUGUAUUCAAUAUUGAAUGGGCCACUUCAACAGAUUUUUGAAAAUAUCACUCAAAUUCCGCUUGUAAUGGGUGACAUAUGGCCGACAUGCAUAUGCUACAUUUGCUACCAUAUGAUGAGAAAAUUCAAAAAGUUUAUAGAUAAAUCACUAAAGGCGAACAAGCUCCUGUUGCAACUCAUCAGUUCCGAGGCUGAGAUCACCACAGACACCCUAAAUAUGAUUGUGAAGCAACAACCUGAUAUUGCUUGGAACUUUUCUAUGCCACCAAUGGAGAGUAUUGAGCAGUAUGCUGUAUUAUGCUAUGACCCGGAAGAGGCUACUCUCAAUGUUGAGAAAGUGAAGUCUGAAUUGGUUUUCAAGGAGAUGCAGGGUCAAAGUGAAACAGAAGCAAAGCUGCACAAGAACCGUAAGCCGACCAGUGAAAUUAAAAAGAAAAACCAAUGCAAGCCUCCAACAGCAUCAAGAGCAACCGAAGGAAACAUGGGAAUUGAAAACGAAGCUCAAAUUAGUGCUUCAAAUAUGAAUAAACGAAUUACAGAAUGCAAAAAUAAGGACAGUCUCUUUAAACCAAUUAUUUUCACAAAAUAUGGUUAUGAAAACGACAAUAUGGUGAAGAACAAACACACCGAACUCACAAACCAUAGCGGAGACACUUUUAUAUGUGAUGUCUGUAAAAAUAUAUAUUUUUGUAAAAACAAAUUAUUAAGUCAUAUAAGUAAAUCACAUACUGAAAUUACCGCCAUAACUAACCAAAGUUAUACUAAGACUAAUGAAAUAAACUUAAUUGAUACAAACAAAUUAGAGAAUAAUAUUGGUUCUGCAAUGACAAGCAACCAUGGACAUUCGAUAAAUAAAUGCAAUAUGAAGACUGACCUGAAAAAAAUUCUGUAUAAUUGUAGUAUCUGUGAUGAAAGAUUUACUACAAGAAGUGAUUUAUCCUUACAUAAAAAAAAUCACACAGGUGAGAAACCUUACAAAUGUAAUGUCUGUGACAAAAGAUUUACUCAUAAUCGUAGUUUAACCGUACAUAAAAGAAGUCACACAGGAGAGAAACCUUAUAAAUGUAAUGUCUGUGAUAAAAGAUUUACUCGAACUGGUCAUUUAUACUCACAUCAAAGAAUUCACACGGGAGAGAAACCUUAUAAAUGUAAGAUCUGUGAUAAAAGGUUUACCCAAUUUGGUUCCUGGUCCAGUCAUCAAACAAUUCACACGGGAGAGAAACCUUAUAAAUGUAAUGUCUGUGAUAAAAGAUUUCAUCGAAAUAGUUCUUUAUUCAUUCAUCAAAAAAUUCACACGGGAGAGAAACCUUAUAAAUGUAAUAUCUGUGAUAAAAGAUUUGCUCGAACUGGUCAUUUAUACACACAUCAAAAAAUUCACACGGAAGAGAAACCCUAUAAAUGUAACGUCUGCGAAAAAACAUUUACUAAAGAUACUUCCUUGUCCAUUCAUCAAAGAUUUCACACGGGAGAGAGACCUUACAAAUGUAAUGUCUGUGAUAAGGGAUUUACUACAAGUAGUCAUUUAAACAAACAUCAAAGAGUUCACACGGGAGAGGAUUCUUAUUAA